CGUAGUACCUACCUACCCAUAGUCCCAUACACACUCGGUUUAUUCAGUUUACUAACCAACAGUAUACCUUUCAUAAGUCCUCGCGGAGGACCGUGUCGCUGCCGUAUAUUUAUUGGUUACCAAUAUCAUUUCAUUUAUGCAAUCAGCUUUUUGCGCGUAAAACCCGGUAUUCGUCCAUUGACUCGCAAAAUGUACCGGAAUAUUUACAAUCAACUAACGAAUCUCACGUGAUAACUGAUCAAAUCGUGUACCUGUACGACAGUAAUCUAUACAUACAUAGAGGGAGAGAAAAAGACAAGAAAAGACUUACAAAUCAGUGUAAAUGACGAGCGAGCGGAACAUACCACACUUGAGGGACAUAUUCGGCGGCGUCGAUGACACCGAUGGUCUGCCGGGCGAGUUGCGGCGGUUGGACGUGAAGGGCGACGACCGAAACUCGUUGGGUGGCGUUAGCGCGGGUGGCACCGAUAGCGCCAUAUCGGUGGGUUCGGCCAGCGAGGAGGACUUGUUGCCGGUCAAGGGGUCCAAGAAAAAACGGCACAAGGGCGGCGGCAGUCGACAGACCAAGUGCGCGGCUACGUUCGAAGAUGACGUGAAACACCUGGAACGGCACCUGUCGAUGAAGAAAACCAUUAGGAAGAAAAUCAUGCGAGACUUGCAACAGGCGUUCGUCGAGGACCCGGACGAGUUCAAGGUGGAAGACAUACCGCCGGAGCAGCUGAAGGCAGAGCUCAACUCCAGAAGUCUGAGUUUCGGCAUGCCCGGCAAGAAAAAAGGUAAAAUGAAAUCUGAAUCGAAUUUCCUGGACUUUUUACGUGGCGGCAACGACUCGACGAUGACUGGCCGUCGUUACAACGCGGACGAAAGCGAUUCUGGACACGGGUCACCGACCAGAGAAUUGGACGAUGACGAACCGUCGAUACGGAAGCCAAGCUUUUGGAGACGUUUUACCACGAAGGGCGCGAAGAACAAGCGGUAGGCGCGAAUACCGUUUGAGCGCAUAAGUAACACUGUGAUCCUUAAAAGUUAAAACCUAUUAUUAUUAAUAUUAUUAUUUUAUAAUUUUAUCACGUAAAAUUUAUUGUAUGUGCGUAUGCGGCCUAUUUUCGUCUUGUCAUCCUGACUCUAUUAUCUUCAAUAAUCCGAUGUACAGUCGCUGAUGUGACUUAUCCUGAACCCAAGACAAACGUCUAUUACACUAAUGAUAACGAAUCCUCUAUGAUUUUUCUUUUGAUUUUUACAAGUACAGAUUUACCAUUUGAAUUUUUUUAUUAUAAUGAUAUCCUAUGUGAUGUAUUUUGAUAUAAAAUAUUUUAUGCAAUGUGCAAUGUAUGUGUGUAUCAUACUAUCGUGUAUUUAUGUAUCUUUCAUUAUAGGUACUAAAUAAAAAUGUCAUAUUUAAUAAAAAAA